ACUUUCAACCAUGGCAACCAAGUAAAUAGGCGGGAUAAAAACAAGAAAUUACAUUUUUGUCAAGUCGAUGUUCUCGUCUUGUCAUCCUCAUCAUUAUUGCCCAAAUAUUUACCCAAACUGUUCGAACUGGAGCACGCAAAGGUUUUUUCCCAUGAAAAUGUGUUGAGUGAAUAUGACACAGCUAAAGAUGAGCUCAUCAGUCUAAGUGAAUUUAUUGGAGAUGUUCAAACUAAUGGGAGUGGAUUUCAUCAGUAAUGUGGGAUAUGAGGCUCUCAUCCAGAGACUCUGUGAGGGUCGACGGAUGUGCAAAGAUAUGGAGGAGCUCUUGAAGAUGAGGGCAUCUGCUGAAGAGAGAUAUGGCAAAGAGUUGGUGAUGAUUGCACGCAAGGCAGGGGGACUCUGUGAGAUCAACACUUUGAAAGCAUCCUUUGACCAACUCAAAGUCCAAAUUGAGAACAUUGGGAACCUACACAUACAACUGUCUGGGGUGUUAAAGGAAGAGGUCAAGAGGAUGGAACAGUUCAGGGAGCGACAGAAAGAGCAGAGAAAAAAGUUUGAAGGCAUCAUGGACAAGGUUCAGAAGAUAAAGGUGUCUUUAUACAAGAAAACAAUGGAGUCUAAGAGAACUUAUGACCAGAGGUGCAGAGAGGCGGAUGAGGCAGAGCAAGUUGCUGAGAGGAUGAUUAGUGUAGCUACCACCACAUCCAAGCAAGCUGAGAGGGUGCACAACAAGUCUAAGCAGUGCAGGGAGGCAGCAGGAGAGGCAGAAAAACAAUACAUGUCAAAUAUUGAACAGCUAGACAAGAUUCGUGAAGAAUGGGAGACUACACACGAGACUACUUGUGAGGUCUUUCAGCAGCAGGAGGGAGAUCGUAUCAACAUCCUGAGGAAUGCCAUCUGGGUCCACUGUAACCAAUUCUCAAUGCAAUGUGUCAAAGAUGAUGAGUGUUAUGAAGAAGUGAGAAAAACUGUAGAACUGUGUGACAUCACGACAGACAAUGUAUGCUUUGUUGAGAUGAAAAGCACUGGCUCAAGUCCACCAGCUCCCAUUGUGUUUGAGAACUAUUAUGAGAGGGAUCCCUCGACAGACAGCAAUGGCAGUGCCUGCUUUGUAGGAGGAGUUAUGAAGAGGUUUUCAAACCUUUUGCAAGGGAACUCAUCGGCUGGCUCUAAAACAAACGUCAAUGACGGUUCACAGCCACUAGCACCACCUACUGCCAACACAUCAGAUGGAGUGUACGCCUCCAUUCCUGGAUUUCAGCAAGUGCAGCCAACCAUCUCAGAGAGCAGAGAGGAGUACCAGGCUCUGUAUGACUAUGAGGCUCAGGGUGAGGACGAGCUGUCCAUGUGUGCAGGGGAGACGGUUGUGGUCAUUGAACAAGAUAUGGAUGGCUGGUGGACUGUGGAGAGAAAUGGCAUGUCAGGACUGGUCCCUGGAUCCUAUCUGGCCAAAGAAUGAACUCUUCUUGGCACAAGUAGUAAGGCUAUAGGGCACAUAGCAUACCCCCACCCUGCAUGUCUUAGUUUGACCAUUUUCUCUAAGCCUUACAGGGCUGAUAAUGUUAGCUCAGUCUUGGCUAUAUGUGUUGUUGAGUAACAUUACUGACCUGAGACAAUGGUUUUAUCUAAUGAUGGAGAUUAUUCACUUAUGUAUUGUCAAGAUGGAAAGACGUGCACUUACCUGUUUUACUUUCCUCUCGAGUCUACAAGCACAACAGUUUGUGGGUUGUUACACAAAUAGAGUACAUUUUGCUUCCCUAUGAUAUUUUAAGUAGAAAUUGUGCAACAAUAUUGAACUUUAAAAGCCUCCCAGCUAACAAUUAUAGAGAGAGAGAGAACGUUUUUGUAAAGUUAGCCGUAAUGUUCCCCUAAUGUUUGUGUCCAGUUUUCCGUUAGUUAAGGGAACAUUCUAUCUAUGUUAGCAUAAACCUUCAGAGAACCUUUUUAGCAUGUUUUGAUGUUAGUUAGAACAUUCCCUUAAUGUCAAACAGAAUAUACCCAGAACCUGGUUACCACAUUCUAAAAAUAUACAAUGUUAAUGUUCUAGACACGUUUCAUGAGAACGUUGCAGGAACAUUCAUGUGUCCAGUUUUCUGUAGGAGAAUAUUCCAUCAACGUCCCACCAAACAUACACAGAACAUGGUUGCCAUAUUCUCAGAACCUAAGAUAUUAAUGUUCUAGACACGUUUCAUGGGAAUGUUGCAAGAACAUUUGUGUAUCAACUCACUGCCUUCCUGAAGACAAACAAUGUAUAUGAA